AUGUUUACAUUUCUGUUAGGCAUAUCUGCAGUCUUUGCGGGUCUUCUGGUUCUCGUUGCUAAAUGGACAUUCGAUUACUUCCGAGAUGUCAAGGGCCUGAGAAGGUACCCGAACAUGCACUUGUUCUCCGGCAUCUCGAGUCUUCCUUUCAUGCUGCUUUCCGAGAAGGGUUUUCGAUCGAAAAAGCUACACGAGCUACACAUCUCCGGUAUGCCUGUUGUCAGAGUCGGACCUAAUUCUCUCUCGUAUGGUGACGUCAGAGCUAUCAAAGACAUCUACGGACAUAACACCAAAUGUACAAAGGAUGGACAAUACGUCGUCACGGCUGGCACACAUUACCAUCUGGCCGACGUAGUCGACAAGAAGGAGCAUCAACGGAAGCGCAAGGUCCUUUCCUCAGCCUACGCUCUGAAGAAUCUCGAAGAAUGGGAGUUCAAAGUUGCAGACAAGACCACCCGCCUAAUCAACCAGAUGGACAAGCGAUGCAGUGAUCACGGUCAUAAUGAAAUCGUCGACUACAAGCCUUGGCUGAACUACUUCACACUGGAUGCUAUUGCCGACAUUGGUCUCAGCCAUCGUCUCGGCUUCCUUGACCGAGGUGAUGAUCGCACGACAUCGCUUCGUUUAGACGGUUCCAGCUUCGAGUCGAGUUUUCGCGAAUGUCUUUAUGCAAACUCGCAAGCAAAUUCGGUCAUGGGCUAUUGCUAUGACUACUACAAGCAAUUAGUCAAGCUUAGCAAGUGGCUUCCGCACUAUAAUCGUUUGUGGAAGCUUAACGAAGGUUGGGACGGUAUCGUCUUGAACCUCACAACAGAGCGCUUAAAGCGCUACCAAUCGGGCGAGAAGCUCGAUGACUUCUUUACAGCCAUGAUGCACGACAAAAAUGGUGUUGCCAACAACCUCGAGUUUGGAGAAAUCGCCGCCGAAGUGUCUAUCAUGAUGAACGCUGGAUCGACGACGACUGCAAUCGCAAUGGCGAAUGUCAUGUACAUGCUUCUCAAGAACCCGGAAUACAUGGAGAAACUUCGCGAUGAGAUUGACCACGUGUUUGACGAGGACGAGGUAGUCGCAUCUUAUGAGAAGGUCAAGUACCUGCCAUACCUACGCGCUUGCCUUGACGAGUCGCUACGCAUCUUCCCACCUACAUCUCAUGGUCUCACUCGCACGACACCACCUGAAGGAGCUUUCAUCUGCGGCGAAUUCGUCCCUGGAGAUACUAGCGUGUCAAUCUCUGCCUUUGUUGCUCAUCGCGACCCUAAUAUCUUCCCGGAUCCCGAGAGCUACAAGCCCGAACGUUGGCUAGGCGAAGCAGGGAAAGACCUGGGACAAUAUUUCAUCGCUUUCUCUGCCGGCGCAAGGGGUUGCAUCGGACGCAACAUCUCGUAUCUCGAGCAAACAGUGGUUCUGACCAGUAUGAUACACAGGUACGAGUUCAGUCUGGUGGAUCCAGCAUUUGAGCCGGAGAGACACGAGUGGAACAACUUGCAUCUUUCGGAGUUGCCGGUAAGAAUUCGGAGGAGAUGUCACAACAGAUCGCCUGGAAAGUAG